AUCAAAUGCAGUGAAGCCACUAAGCAAGCAUAAAAAACACAAGUCGGUCGAUUUAGUAAUAGAUUUGACCUUCCUUCUUCCCCGCAUAUAAACAAUGGCAGCUGGUGUCACAAGGAAGAUCUCAGCUGCAUCAGCUAGGUCACACACCAGGAAAUCCAAACCCACUUCUUCAUCAGUUCUUCCAAAAGGGAUUUUCAAGAAAUUACUGCUUAUCUUCUUUAUGGGAUUCUUGGCAUGGGCUUUCAAAGCAUUUCGUCCACCACCUCCAAAAAUAUGUGGAUCUCCAAAUGGUCCUCCAAUUACAUCACCAAGAAUAAAGCUUCGUGAUGGAAGGCAUUUGUCAUAUAUGGAACAUGGUGUCCCAAAAGAAACAGCCAAAUAUAAAAUAAUAGUCAUCCAUGGUUUUGAUGGUUGCAAACUUCAUAAUCUUUUCAAUAGAGCCUCUCAGGCUCUUAUUCAAGAGUUAGGGGUGUACACAGUUUCGUUUGAUCGACCUGGUUAUGGAGAGAGUGAUCCACACCCUGAGAGAACUUUAAAAAGUUUAGCUUUGGAUAUAGAGGAGCUCGCUGAUCAACUACAACUCGGAUCCAAAUUCUAUUUAGCUGGAUUGUCUAUGGGUGGAAAUUUGGUUUGGCCUUGUCUCAAGUACAUCCCUCACAGGCUAGCGGGAGCAACUCUUAUUUCACCGGUGGUUAAUCACUGGUGGCCUUCAUUCCCUUCAAACUUAUCAAAUGAAGUAUAUUAUGAAAUGUUUAAGCCUGACCAAUGGUCUCUACGUGUUGCUCACCAUCUCCCAUGGCUGACAUAUUGGUGGAACACUCAAAAAUGGUUUCCUAGUUCUUCUGUUGCUUCUCAAUCCCUUGAUAUGUUCUCUCCCCCUGACAUGGAAGUUCUAUCAAAGUUUACUCCUCCCACUGAACAAGAAAAGACAUUGCCAAGACAACAAGGAGAAUAUGAGUCUCUUCAUCGAGAUUUAAUGAUUGGAUUUGGGAAAUGGGAAUUUGAUCCAAUGGAACUUGAGAAUCCAUUCCCAAAUAACGAAGGAUCCGUUCAUUUAUGGAUGGGUGAUGAUGACCGUUUUGUCCCUGUAAAAUCUCAACGUUAUAUUGCCAAACAACUCCCGUGGAUCAAAUACCACGAGGUAACACGUGCGGGCCACCUAUUUUCUUUGGCUGAUGGGAUGACCGAUACCAUCCUCAAAACACUUGUAAAUGUAAAAGAUUAGUUUCACAUCUUGGUUUUGAGGUUUCAGCUGAUGGGAUAUUUCCCAUCAACUGAUAUCAGCUGAUAGGAAGGUUUUCCUUCCUAUCAGCUGAUAUUCUUCAUUUUCCCUUUUUAUGUUGGUCGCUUAAAAGUUGAGGUUUUGGUUUUUACGGACUUUAGGGUGGAUGAGCGACUUUCGGAUGUUGUGUUGUAUUUUAUUUUGUUAUUUAUUUGCUUGGUGGGUUAAUUUACAUAUUGUGUAACUAUAUCUUCUUGGAUAUCAUGUAUGAGUGGUUUAGUGUUAAAAGAUGUGAAUCAAUAAAAAAGAAAAGUUAGGCAUUA